ACCGUUGGGGCUUGGUACAGAGAGUGGCGAGAGGGCUGGCGUGACGCUUUGCGUGUGAGAGUCAGAGGGAAGGCUGCUGGAGCUGCUGGAGGUCGUAGGUCGCCCACACUCACCUACACAGAGGAGAGGCCCGUGGAGCUGUCUGGGUGUGAGUGAGCGCCCUCUAGUGGAGUCCUGCAGAGCUGCUGUCUGUUUUCAUCAUCAGCAUUUCAAGAAGUCUAUGGUCCAACGCUGAGCAGAGACCAUGUGGUGUUUGGAGCUUCUCUUACCGCUGCUGUUAAUCAUCAACGAUGGCAGCUGCCAGUGGAACGUCUGGGUUCCUCGGGACAUCUCGGCCAUGACGAACUCCUGCGUGGUCAUCCCGUGCACCUUCAUGUACCCGUCCGGCAUCAGGCCGUACCGCGGCACCCACGGCAUCUGGUACUUCGGCCAGCCGUACCCUCAGCUCUUCCCCCCCGUCGUCUUCAAGACGCGCACCGACGUGGUGCACGAGAGCUACAAGGGCCGCACCAAGCUGCUGGGCGACCUGCUGCAGAGGAACUGCACCCUGCUCAUCAACAACAUCGGCUCCGAGCACUCGGGCAGAUACUACUUCCGCGCUGACCUCGGUGGAGCCAACAUGUACACGUACCCGGACUACUCUGAGCUCAAAGUCCUGGAUCAACCCACCAUCGACGUCCCGGAGGAGAUCGUCAGCGACGAGAGUCUGGAGCUGACGUGCUACGCUCCAGACAACUGCCCCGACCUGACCCCAGAGAUCCAGUGGAUGUACACCGACUACCUGCCCGACCCGGAGUUCAGCUCCGACUACCUGGAGGAGAGCAACACGGCGGUCCUCUCCAACACCCUCUCCUUCACCCCCAGGCCCAUGCACAACGGGCAGCUCCUGGGCUGCAGGGUCUUCUACCCCAACACCACGCUGGUCUACGAGAGGCUCAUCUCUCUCGACAUCAAGUACGCUCCACGCUCGGUGUGGGUGAACGUGUCCUCGGAGGUGAUGGAGGGCAGCUCUGUGACGCUGCACUGCGAGGUGGACAGUAACCCUCCCUCCAGGAUCGCCUGGAUGUUCGGGGAGCAGGAGCUGCUGUGGGACAAGGCGCCCAACGUCUCCCUCUCCCUGGACGACGUGACGCCCGCGCAGGAGGGCCUCUACACCUGCAUCGGGGACAACGGCUACGGGGUCAUGAACACUUCCCUGUACCUGGCUGUCAAGUACCCUCCCCGCGAGCCGGUGGUGAACGACUCCAUGACGGUGCAGGAGGGCUCCUCGCUGGCUCUGCACUGCAGCACCCAGGGGAGCCCCGCCCCAACGCUCACCUGGCUCAAGGACGGCGAGCUGGUCGGCACCAUCACCGCCGACGAGCUGUCGGUGCUGCAGGUGGUGGAGAUCACGCCGCAGGGCGACGGCCAGUACCGCUGCCUGGCCGAGAACGAGCACGGGAGAGCCAGCAGCUCCUUCAACAUCACCGUUGAGUACUCCCCGGUGCUUCUGGAGGAGUCAAAGUGCACCGUGGUCAGGGAGGGCGUCCAGUGCGUGUGCGUGGCCAUGGGAAACCCCGAGCCCACCAUCGAGUUCUACCUGCCCGACCUGAACGUCACCAUCAACGAAACGGACGGCCGGUACAACUUCUACACGCACACGGACGGCCACACCUCCACGGGCAUGAUCAAGCUGCGGGAGAAAGGCGAGCGCGUCGACAACGGGGGACCCGCCGUCAACGUCCACUGCAGCAUCGCCAACGCGUACGGGAGGCGCAGCGUGCCGCUGGAGCUGCAGCAGGAGAAAAAGUACAUGAUGGCGGUUAUAGUCGGCACCAUUGGAGGGGUGGCGGUCAUAGCCUUCAUCAUCGCAGCAGUGCGAUACGUCGGCCACAACAACAAAAAAGAGAAUGGCAACCCUAGGCAGGAAGUGGUCCUGGAGAACCCAGCUUUGUACUACAGCGCAGUCAAGAAGGACAAACAAAAUCUGAGGAAGAAAGUGCUUAAGACAGAGCUGUUGGGCUCAAAGUUUAACUCCAUUCUAGAGGAGACUACGGGAGAAGACGGGGAUUAUCAACCUGUGGGCUCUAUGGCAGGACUGGAGAGGCAAGAGCUGAACUACGCCGCUCUGGAGUUCCUCGGGGCUCGGCCCAGGGAAGGGGCCUCGGGGAGGGGGGACGACGGCAGCAACUACUCGGAAAUCAAAGCCAAAUGAAUAGCAAUCCUUCCCUGAUGCCUCGGCUACGCGAGAUACAGUGGCAGCCCCAGCACAUGUUUUGCCCCCCCCCCCCCCCACCCACACGCACACUUUGAUAACCCCCCCGCCCCCUCCCCGACCUCCACUGGAUUCAUCCCAUCCCAUUUGUCACAUUUAAUGCAGCACUCUGGUGCCACUACUCCCCUUACCUGCUGCCCCUCCUCCAUUGGACGCCCCUUCACACACCAUCAUUUUCAAGGAAAACUGGUACUUUUUUUGGGGAGGUAGGGGGGGGGGGGGGGGGUGUUCAGGGCGUGACCCACGGGACGACGUCAAAGAACUAAAAUGUCUGGCCGCUAUUGCAGUACAUGGGCUCCAAAACACGCGGGGCUAACCCGGCGAGCGCGCUUUCUGUUGCCUUCCACGCGUUGUCACGACGCAGGGUCCG